UCCAUUCUCAUUACUACUAUAUGCUUAAUUCUGAUAACAUGGUAUCAGAGCAUUAGGAAAGAUUUAGUUCCUUUUUCUUUUAAAUUUCAGCUUAGUUUUUCAGACUGGGUUCUUUCUCAAAGAAACCUGAUUUCAGCUCAGACUCUCCAGAACCUCUAGGCACCAUUCUGUCUCCCAGAAACUCACUCCAGGACAGAUUUUUUUUUAGCCCCCCUCUAUUCAGAACCUUUGUGCAGACCAUAUCCCCCAUCUGUGCCAGGUGCUCGCAGUCUGCAGUUCCAAAUCAGCACCCAAGUCAGACGUGCCUCUGGAUUUUUAUUCCAGCCCAAAACGGGCUGCUAUGCUGAUUGGGCCGGUUCUAAAGAUGAUCGAAGAUCUACAUCUGGUUAUUGCGUCUUUGUUGGUGGUAAUCUUGUAUCUUGGAAGAGUAAGAAACAGAAUGUGGUUUCUCGUUCGAGUGCUGAAUCAGAAUAUCGAGCUAUGGCACAAUCUGCAUGUGAGAUCAUAUGGAUAAGCCAUUUAUUGACUGAACUCGGAUUGAAGACAUCAAUGCCUGCUAAAUUGUGGUGUGAUAACCAAGCUGCUAUACACAUAGCAAACAAUCCCGUAUUUCACGAGAGAAAAAAGCAUAUUGAAGUUGAUUGUCAUUUUAUUCGAGAGAAGAUACAAAAAGGAUUGAUCUCUACCGAAUAUGUGAAGACUGGAGAACAACUUGGAGAUUUAUUCACCAAAGCUCUAAAUGGGAUUCGUGUUGAUUACUUAUGUAACAAGUUGGGCAUGAUAAAUAUCUAUGCUCCAACUUGAGGGGGAGUGUGAAAGAAUUAUUGUAUAUAAGAAUAUGCUUUAGGAAUAUACUCUAGACAUUAUUAUAGUAUAGCAUCUUAUGUAGGAAUAUUCUAUAUAAGAAUAUGCUUUAGGAAUAUACUCUAGACAUUAUUAUAGUAUAGCAUCUUAUGUAGGAAUAUUCCUUCUUUGUAACCUAUAUAUAGGGUCUUAACCCUCUUACUAUAUCUUCCAUUCCUCAUUACUACUAUAUCUGAUAACACCCCCGAUCGUAGGAUAUUCAUUCCACUCCCUUUUCACGAAGGAAAGAAAAUCUUCAUUCGUAAACCACAUGUUUUGGAAUCAAAACUGAGCCGGACCUCUAAUCAGUUGAGUCUCACAAAUGAGGAGAAUGGGGCAAUGAUCGGAUGGCAUUUUACUCAAAUGAUGAACAUUUACAUUAUCAAAAGCAUCCAAAAAUUCCUGAUCCACCAAAAACCUGUCCAAUCUUUCCCAAAUCCGCCCAUUAGCCCGAACUCCAGUCCAAGUAUAGGAAGAACCAACUAUAGGAGGCUGCAUAAGAUGACAAUACUCCAUACAAUUUCUGAAAUCCCUCAUGUCAGCCGCACGGGGAACAGAUGGCCCCUUAUAAUCAGCAACAACGUUGAAAUCCCCUCCCAGAAGCCACGGUCCCCAAACAGCUUCUGCAAACCCCCUCAUCCCGUUCCAUAACUGCUCUCUUUCCGUCCUAGUAUGUUUUCCAUAAACAGGGAAAUAGGUGAAUACAAAAUCCAGGGGAUAAACUUCAUAGUAACAACCAAAAAUUGAUCCUUAUCCUCAAUAUAGAUCACAUAAAAAUCCGAGGCGUUCCACAUAAGCCAAAUCUUAUUUGAGAAUCCUAGACUGGUAGAAUAAAAACCUCCAUUUGAAGAAUUAAUAAUAGGCUCGAUGAUAGUAAUCCCUAAAAUUUAGCAAAUGCUGCCUAACAAUUUUGCGUAGUCUUGGACAAGCAGAAACAAGACCACGCACAUUCCAACUUAUGAGCUUCAUAUGGAAACCUCUAGGGUAUUAUCCCCAUUGUUCCUCUUGGCCUCCAACCGAUCGAGGAGGAGCCUCUUUGGGUUUUCUCCGUCCCAUCACUUGCAGUGCUUGUGCUUGUUCCUUCUCCAUCAAUUCCACCUUCUUUCUGAGCUCCGCACAAACUGAUCUCCAAGACUCAACCGUAGAGUCCUCCAAAUUGAUUUGCUCCCCAUCCGAAACAACUCCAUCCAUAAUGAUAUGCUCCUCACUUCCUUGCACAUUGCCUUCUUCAAAAGAUAUUAAUUUGGUAACAUUGGUUGUUACCUCCCCUACCCCCCCCUUCAUCUGUAACUGGGUGUGUAUCAUUAUUGACCUCCUCAAUAACUUCCUCUUCAGCCAUUACUCCUUCCUUCACUAAUUCAGACACUCCCACCUCAAGCUUCUCCUGUAGAGAUGGCAAUUUCGACCGACCCGUUGGAUACCCGCACCGAACCGAUUUGGUCAAACUGGGGAAAACCGGUUUGACUGGGGAAUGGGUAUGGGGCGGGGAAUACCCGAAUUUUUUAAAUGGUUAAUGGUGCGGUUAUGGUUCUAUACUAAUCCACCCCAUUAUCCGCCCCGAAACCGCCCCGUUCACUAGUGGUGCGGGUACCCGCACCGUUACCCGAUCGAUAACAUUAUUAAUAAAUUAUAACUUUAUAUAUAUAAGAAUAAUAACUAUAUAUGCUAAAUUGUGUAUAAUAAAUAGUAUAUAUCAUAUAAAUAAUGCUAAAAAGUAUACUACUUUUUUAGGCCUAUAACUAAAUAUAGGCCUAAACCUAUUUUUGAAAUUUGGAUUCUGGGAUGAUUACUACUUUUUUAUUAUGUUAUAAGAGAUAUUGGGUGCAUGUCAUACUAAUGAAUUUAGGUCAGUCUGCUUGAUUGCUUAAAUGUUUAUUUUUGUCUUUUUUAGGGUGCUUUGAAUAUAUAAAUAACAAGUAGGAUUAAAAAUUGGUUAUUCGUUUUCCCAAAAAAAGUUGGUUAUUUGGUAUCAUUUGGGGAAACGGUUACCCGUGGAUAAACUGAUUCCCCAUUGGGGCGGGUACGGUUCAAAUAAAAAUUACCCGAAUGGGUAAUGGGGCGGUUUUGGGGCAAACAUUUAUCCAACGGGGCGGUUCCGGUUUUAUGUGUACCCGUCCCCGAUCCGCCCCGUUGCCAUCACUAUUCUCCUGGCUGGGAGGCUCCCCUCCCAAUAUUUCCGUAGUCCCGUCCUUCCCACUAUGUUCAGACACUUUUCACAAAUUCAUUAUAUUAUAGAGAUCUUUUUAGAAAUAAUAUUUGAUCAAUGGAGAUUACUAUCUUGUUUGUAUGCAUUGAAUUGGAAGUCCACAAUAGUAACCAAAUUUAAGUAUAUUUAUUUUUUUUGAGUCAGUUACAUAUUAUAAAGAUAUUAUUCAAACGGGAUAAAUUUCUCUCUAAUAUGUAGUAGCUGGUGCAUAUAUAGUUCUUUUAAGUAUAGGAUAAGUCAAAUAACAAUUGAACGAGAUAAUUUUAUCUCUCAUUUGUAUUGUUUUUAGGUACAAGAAGCUAUGAAGAUAAACUUGCUAACAAUUUAG